UAUACAGUAGCCUACAGAACGUUUCUGAUUUCACAAACAUACGGAUGUGUACGUAAAAGUACUCAUUAUUGUCUCUGCAGUAAUGUAUCAAGCACAUCGCCAAGCAGAAAGGGGGUAAAUUCUCUUCGCCUGCAUGAUAUGAAAUAUUAGAUCUGAAUUGAGGUUCAUUAAUUUAUAACCGGCCACGGUGCAGUGAAUGAUUGUUUCGUUCGGUCGUCGUCUGCUGUGCCUAGAUGACUAUUGUCGACAAAGGGUAAGGUCGAUACUCGAAAAUCAACAUGGCGACGUCAAUCAUCAGUACAAAUCGGCCCUGGAUCGACGAACCAGUCAUCGUACCAGUGCAGGAACAGUUGGUCAAGAAAGCAGUUCUUCAAGAAACGCAUCCUGCUGCCCCCGGAAAUGCUCGUGUCUUUUCCGUUGAGAUCCAAAGAAACAUUACUCCAUCCAAAUUGACAUCAUCGGCAUCCGGUGAUCAAACCGAUGGAACUGAUACUUCUACAAUAAAAGACUUUCCCUUUAAAGUGGUGACCCAUUUGACGUCAACAGGAACAGCAACGGAUGAAGAGAGCGGAGAUCGAGAGUGCCGCUAUGCAUCUACGGCCGAGGAGGCUUUGCAGAUCUAUGAGGAUCUUUACAAGCAACAUACUUCAUCAGGAGAUGGUAGGGCAUCUAUGGUACCAGUCUCGUCUGUCAGUAACUCACGAUGGAUUGGUUCAGAAGCAUUGAGAAAGACCCUUCUGUACCGAGAAACCUACUCACCGACACAGGGUCUAUCACCAGAGGUGGCCAAAUUGGUGGACAAUGUUUGGAAGGAAGCGAUGGGGAAACUCAAAGAACAUCUAGCGGUCCCUGUGGCAUCGAUUCUUCCUGGACAAGUUGCAAAGGCAGAAGCUGUUCUUUAUCAGAUGUGGAAUAUCUUACAGAAGAGGAAAGGCAAACAUCAAGGUGACGAAUAUGACGAAUACGACGACGAAAUAUCGGAUGCUGAAAUAGAGACUCUUCAGGAGGAGUUUUACGCCCUCAUUCCUCAUCACGAUUACAUGCAAUCUUCGAUCAGACUGUUGAGCAAAGUCGCAACGAAGCUGGACCUAUGUCAAAUGAUUCGAGAUGCGGUAUACAUCAGCGAGGAGACGGGAUGGCAGAAACGACCCACGCCUGAAGCCAAGUACAGAGCUCUUCGAUGCUACAUCCAACAUCUACCACCCGAUCAUCCAGAGUAUGGGAAGAUCAAGACACUAGUCCAAUCAACUAUGCCUAGUGAGAUGAAAGUAAACACCUUCCGGAUCUACGCAGUUAGUAGACCCCCUGACGAAGAGGGUUACCUUCACGACAUUGGCAAUGAUACACUACUCUUUCACGCCACCAAGCCGAACAACGUACUUGGGAUCUUAUCCAGGGGUCUCCUUAUGCCCAAGGUUGUGGUGGAAAUGUUUAACGGACAACGCCGUGACGAGGGGCUACUUGGUCCCGGUCUAUACUUUGGUGAUCGAACAAGCACAUGCAUUCAGUACACAAAAAACGGAUACUUCUCUCAGACGAGGAUGAUGCUUGUCAUCAGGGUCGCUCUCGGAUCCACUCAAGACUACUAUGAAUUUAACACCAAGAUGCAACAGGCACCCGAAGGCUUCGAGAGCACACAUGGUGUUCGUGCUACAGAAAACAAGCCUUCAGAGUUCAAGGAAGACGAAUUUGUUGUUUAUUCGACCAAGCAACAAUGCAUUCGUUAUCUCGUCGAGUUCAGCAUUGAUGGCGAUGAUGAUGUGGUCGAUGGCUACGCCUAUGACGAGGAUGACGGUGAAGACGACGGGGUGGGAAACGUAGAUGAAACAACAGAAACCUUAGACAAAAUUGAUCUUGUCGACGUACAGUGCUGUCAGGAUCCUGUCAGCAGGACAACCACAGGUCUAGUUGUAGCCAACAGCAGAGAGGGCGUCAUACUUGAAGAAGUUCAUGUCAGAGGCCACAUUACUGAUCUUGCAGCGAAGAUCACAGUUCUACAAGUUUACCAGAGCCAGAUUUCAGAGACGAACAUUCGAGAAGCUCGAUACGUGUUUCCUUUGGACGAGAAGGCAGCUGUAUGUGGCUUUGAAGCAUUCAUCAACGACAAACAUGUAGUGGGUACGGUGAAGACCAAAGAGACAGCACAGAAAGAAUAUCAGGAGGCUGUACGAGAGGGUCAUGGAGCAUACCUGAUGCAAGAAGAAGCUUCCAACGUGUUUUCGGUGAGCAUCGGCAAUCUCCCUCCUCGUGCAAGAGUGGUCAUCAAGAUAACAUACGUCACUGAACUGGCAGAAGAGGAGGGGGGCAAGAUGGCUUUCUAUCUUCUGGGAAGCGUUGCUCCUUGGUUACAAGAAGAAAUUCGCGGUACAAAGCUUACAGAGGAAACUCAGGCAUUGACGGGAGUUGCAUCAAAUGAGACCGAAAGGAAGGAGUCUCUUCAGAUAACAAUGGAGAUGCCAUCAAGUAUCACAUCAGUUGAAUCACCGACUCAUGUGGUCAAAGUAAAGCGGGAGGAGAUGAAGGCUACGGUUACUUUGGGGGAUGGAGUCCAACUCGGUGAUGGUUUCCAGCUGCUUAUUAGCAUUAUCCAUCAGAACGCACCAAGGUUCUGGACUGAGUUUGAUCCGUCAUCUAAUUCAUAUGCUAGUAUGGCGGUCUUCUGCCCUACAAUCCAGUCCGAAUUGGUUGCUGAUCCUGAAGUAGUUCUCUUGUUGGACUGCUCGACUUCAAUGAAAGGAGAGCCUAAACAGGAUGCGAAAAAGAUUUGCAAAAUGAUUCUUCAGUCAUUACCAGAGAAAAGCCGUUUCAAUGUCAUCACCUUCGGCACAGAUUUCACCGAACUCUUUCCGACCGUUGAACCUGUCGGCCAACGUCAGCUUCUUGAAGCCUUAGAGUUCAUCGAAGGUGCCAGAUCAGUUGGCGGUAGCUCAGAAGCGUGGCGCCCUCUCCGGUCACUCUCGCUUCUACCCAUGAUGAAUUCGGCGCGAAACGUUCUCCUUGUAUCCGACGGUCAUCUCACCAACGAGAAACUCACUUUGGAAAUUGCCUCCAAGUAUAAGCACGUUAACAGAAUAUUCACAUGCGCUGUUAGCUCUGCUGGGAAUCGCCACAUACUUCGUGCCUUGGCUGAUGUCAGUGGAGGUGCCUUCGAGUCCUUCAGCCCAAAGACAAAAUCGAAGUGGGAAGGAAAGAUCGCUGCCCAAAUUGACCGUUGCCGCCAGCCGUCUGUGAGUUGUGUGAAGGCAACAUGGCAGACAGAGGAGAAUGCGGACCACAGAUCAGAAACCAAGGACCUGAUCCAGGUACCAGCUCAGACAUCAUCCGUCUUUACUGGAUCCAAGGUUCUCCUCUUCUCACUUGGACCAAAGGUCAAAGAGGUUCAACUCACUGCGGAGAUAGCUGGACAACGCUUAGAAGAAUCACUCAAAACGCCCAUCGAGUUUGAUGGAUCUUCUUUGACUCUCCAUCGUCUAGUAGGGAGAGCUCUCGUUCGCGAUUAUGAGAUUGGAUCAUUCAAUCGAGACCAUGUCUUUCAUGAGACCCGGAAGUAUGACCUCAAGAAUUAUCUAACUGACCUCAGUAUCCGGUUGUCAAUCAUCACACCUCUCACAAGCUUCAUAGCGAUCGAAAAACGGGAUAAGGAAACUCAACUGGAUACCUCCUCACCUGACGUUGACAAGUUACUAUCUAUGAUCACACGCGAUGAUCUGGAGUCUUUGCAUUGGAGUGAAGUUGUGUCGGAACAAGAGGGUCCUGCGGAGAGCAUUGUGGCAAGAAUCCUCAGGCAGGCAAAAGUUGCUCAGUCAAAUUUCUCCUACUCGUCAGCCGAGAAGUACUACAACAGCGCCUUCAACAUGGCUAAAGAAAACAUGUCAAACAUGCAAAGCCUCUUCCGGACAUGUUGCUUGGAAAUGUCAAAGUUCACAGUGCGGGUCAAAGGUGAUGCAGAGCAGGCAUUGCAAUGGAUUCAACCUGCUCUUACACAUGUAACUGAACAGGAUCUGGAAGAAGAAGAUGAGGAGGAGGAGAAAGAAAUGGGACCGCUGGAUUCAACUGCCCUGAACUUUUCUGAAUUGCUCCAUGGCAUGCUACGUGAAGGCAAACCUGAAACGCAACAACCUUUGCUUCAUGAUACAGCAGUCAUCCAUCCAACUAGCAGCAUGUGGAAACCUGUAGCCAAAACGGAUAGUAGAAAAGCAGUAAAACACGAGCCGAAAAACAAGGAGAAGAAAAGGGUGGAGGCAGCACGUGCUGACAUAACCCCAUGGUGUUCUCACAGGCUGGCUGAAAAAGUUGAUGUGACAAUAACGGUAUUACCGGAUCCAUCCAGGCAAGACACCCUGGACCAUCUCGAACUAAAAUCCAUGUCACUCGACGCGUCGGCAGAAUCUUUCAAAACAACAUCUGCCAAAGUCAUGAAAAAGAAAUCACCGAUGAGUGCAUUGUUUGGUUGGAUGAGGGGAAAAGACAAAAAAGAAAAGCAAGAAGCAGCAAAGAGAACAAAGCAAGGAUGGCAAGGCAAGGAUGGAUACAUGGGAAGUAAAUAUAGAUAUCGGGGCUCGUCUUUAUAUGCCACAAGUAGACGUUCAAUGCCAACUGAGGAAAGAGAAAUGUCUGAAGGUGCACGCUUCAUGAUGGAAAGGGGUGCAGAUGAGAUCAAAUCUGUAGAGUCUAGUCUGAAGGGUAGAAUGGCAGAUGCGCUUGAGGAUUAUUAUGAGAUAGAAGAAGGUGAUGAGAAGAUACCAGCACCUUACCCACCACUGCCACCACUACCACCAGGCGCUGCACCACCAUCACCACCCGGAGCUGCACCACCGCCACCACCACCGCCACCACCACCGCCACCGCCACCGCCACUAAUGCCCGUCCUUUCUUCUUUACGGCGUAUCAGAAUGGCUGACGCAGAUAACCACCUCAUGCUCGGUUCGUUUUCAAGUGCAAAAGCAAUAGCAACACCGCCACCACCACCCGGAGGUGCGCCGAUGCACAUCUAUUCUAGUUUACCGCGUUCCGGAAUGGCUGAAGCAGAUGAUAUUAUGCUCGGUUCAAUUUUAAGAAGAGCAAUAGUGGACGAUGACGAUGUAUCAAGUGACCUUGACAGUGAGAGUGACAUAUGGGAAGAUGAUGAGGAACAGCACCCUAUGGAGGAGUUAAGAUCACCGAUCAAGAUUAAAGAGUCGAAGAGGAAUAUGUCAGAAAUCAACCGCGUGAUAUCAGAACAAGAUAAGAAUGGUCUCUGGACAUGGAAGGAUCAUGAACACAUGGUAGAUGACUUGUUCGUCAUGGAUUUCCAGGAGAUAUAUACGUAUUGUUGCAAGCUCCCAGUACCAUCCCACAUUCGUCGGGAUCUCCAUUCCAUCCUACUUACCCUCCUCCUCAUUCUCUAUCUGAGGGAGGUUCUAUCACAAAUGGACAGCAUCCCUCUACCCCGCCCUCUCCAGUCUCAUGGGGGUAAAGGUAUGGCUCAUGGGGAUUGCAUCACACGCGCAGAAGAAUGGAUUAGUCGACAACAUCCAACUCAAGUAAAAUCCAUAAGGAAGAUGCUAGAAGCUAACUUUGAACGCAGAAACUAACUAAAUUAAAAGAACAAUAAGUGUGGUUUACCAAUGUGAGGCGAGAAUGAUACGAAAUGUUUACGCGAGUUUCGUCAGUUCUGAUCCAUGGUUACGGAAUAAAUCUUGGAUUAACAUAUUUAUGUGGUAGUUAACGACUUUUAAUUCUUGAUUUCAUUAUGAAUUUAAAGUCUGACAACAUAAUUGAAACAGAAUAGAGUAACCAUUGUCAACUUUGAUGAUGUAUACAAUCAUUUCAAUAUUAAGAUUGUGAAUACAUGGAUUGAACAAGGUGGACCAAGUUAAAGAUAACACUGUGAUUGUGCUUUGUAUAAUACGUUUCCACCAUAUAUUGGCAUGGUUGAAAUAAUGGUGGAUACUAUGAAGAUUGCAAUCUACACAAUGUACAAUCAAUUUACCUUCCACCAUUAAAAGCAUAUUUGUUUAAUGAAGCGGGCACAGACGCAAAAUUUGAUUCAAAUACUAAUUUCUUGAUACUUGGUAUGUUUUUGUUUUUGCUUGUUUAUGUUUUAGCUAUGCGAGUGAGUCAUACACCUAAAAAAGACUUAUUUGAAUAUCAUGGUACAAUGUAAAAUAUAUGUUAACUGGAGAUGUAACAUACAUGUAAAUACAUCCACAUGCUGAACUGAAAAACUAUAAAGUGAUAGAAUACUAAUUGUCUCGCCCGAUACUAACUGGAAUUUGAGUUUGAGUUGAUGAAAUGAAAUCCACAUCCCAGAGCCAUCAACUCUGGUGUGGUUAUUUUUUCAAUCACGACUUUCAAUCAAAUAUAUCUAUACAUAUUUGGUUUUUGAAAAAUAAUUUCUGAAGGUUAUACUUUACUUUACAUUGAUAUCAAGUAUACAUGGUGUAUAUAAUUUAACAUAUUUUGUUGUCUUUGUAUUACGAUCUGUUAUUGUGUAUACCAAAUGUACUCCAAGGAGCGAAUCGAGGAUAUAAUUACUGAUAAUCUUUGUCCUUCUGUCUUUCCAAGGUUUUAUUCCGUAGUCUAUACAAUCUGCGCUUCCAUAAUUACCGUCUCCGCGUUUAAACGAUCAUAAAAAGAAUUAUAUUAUAGAUAAUUAUAUUAUAUAAAGUUGUGUUCAAUGUUAAAAUCUUUAUUAUAUCCUUGUACUUUUAUGCACCUCAACAUUUAAGGAAGACCGCUAACAUAAUAAUGCUGUCUAUUUUCUAUCUCUCUGUAUUAUAAUUUAACAGGUUAUAUUGGCUUGUAUUAGACUGAAAUGAUGAGUCGUAAGUUCGGUUUGUAAUGUAUAUUUGCCAAUCAUGGUUUAUUGCUAUAUACAUGUAUAUAUAUUGUUACACAUGAGAGCAAAUUAUUUUCAUAAUAAUCAUUAACUUACUGUACAUUUCACACAAGUAAGAUUACAUUAAUAAUACAAGCCACAUAGUAAAUACAAAAUAAAAGAUAAAUACAACUAUAUAUAUAGGGCCUUUGGUCAAGUAAGAUGAUGGUAAUCUUAUUCUAUUCGGUGUUUCUGAAAAUACCUCACACUAUCAUUUAAAGCAAAACUACACUGUACAUAUUAUAAUCACAUAUUAUCACAUGCAUGCACUGAAACAGAAUGUGGGUACGUUUUAUAAAAGGUGAUCGUUUGUUUUGUACAUGGUAAGAUGACAUACUUGAAACGAGUACCAAUUACUUGUGCGUUUGGCAAGACUGAUUCAAUUUAAGUCGUCGGUCUUUGUAGUAGGAAAAUACACAAUAACCUAUCCCUUCCAGAAAACGACGUCAAUGGCUUUGUAUUAUCUAUCGUAUCGAAAAAUAUUCACAUUUUAUUAAUAACGAAUGUAUACUGCUCCCUACAUCUGUGAAGUCGUACUCAACAUUUUGUGUGUCUUAUUCCAAUUUUUUAAUCUUUCUCAAUAAUUGGAAAAGAUAAAAUAUAAUUUACGUGAAUAUUUACAAUGCAUGAUAUCAUUUGUAAGCGGACAAUGCACCUUGCAUUAUGUAUCUCAUUAUGUGAAUAUUCACAUGUCCUUCUGUUUUAUUUACAUGAUAAUGCACUUAUAAAACACAUAUUGCAUUGAAAUAUCUAGCUUUAGUGAUCACUAAAAUGAAAUCUAUUGUAAACCUUUUUAAUUCUUCAUUAUGAUGACACCGAGGUAAGUUAUUUUCGAGGCAAUGUAACAAUGAAAUAAGGCUUUAAUAAAUAUUUUUUGUUUAAAGUA